CCUAUUCCUCUUUGGGGGCUGCAUAGUUGAGAGCUGGGUUAGACAGGCCAUAGAGAAGCCUCCCCCUUGGUUUUAUAAUUAUUGCUGGAAGACUUCGCGUGUGGCGGAUAGAGCCCCCCCCCAUGAAUGUCUUGUUUGAGGGGAACACCCCCCCCCCCGCCGACCAAAGGUUGCCAGUCUGUCCAAUAAUCCUAAUAGAGUCCAUCGAAGGAUCUGAAGCAUAGCCCGUCCACGUGUCCCUUUUUUAUCCAGGGAGAGCGGGGAGCUGUUACUCCACAAAAUCAUUGCCGGGGACCCCCGAAGCACCCCUGUCACUUGCAGAUUAACUCAUCGGCGGCCUAGGCAGAAAACAAGUUGCUUUGCACCCAAGGGCCCUUUGUUGGGGGGGUGGCUUUUCCGCACACCCCACGACACCGGCGGCGGGGGAUUCAGUAACUGAACCUGUUAUCAAGGUGGAGGAGAGAGGGCCCCGUUUCUCCCUUUCCCUGUAUAGCAGGGAGUGGCGCCCAGUUUCCCGCUUCCCCCAUCCCAGAGUUUUGGGACUUGGGGAGGAGAAGAGAAGAACCGAGAUGAUCCUUGCAGCAGCUUCGGCAGCGAGAGGAGAAGGGUCGGUGAGUCAGUGAGACCGGCCGGGGGAAAGUGGUGCAGCAAGAAAAGGGGGCGAUGGGUCUCGGUGGGGCGGGCGACGGCGGCGCCCCCCGAGGGGUCCAGGUGGGGGAUCCGGGCCGGAGAGGGGAAGAAGAAGAGGAGGGAGGAGGCGCCGCCGCCGCCGCCGCCGCGGCAGAACCCGGAGCCUGAAGGCGCCCCUCGUCGCUAUGAGAUCCACCGUGUACAAAGCCACCGCGGCGGCAGCAACGACGACGACGGGGCCGGGCUUGCUGGAGCCUGGCCCGGAGGAAGAGGAGGAGCCGCCGCCGCCUCAUCUCCGCCAGCCUCCGCCUCCCCCGCAGAACCAGAUCCCCGUGCCGGCCCCAGCGGCGGCAGCAGCGGCGGGCCCCAAGGGCCGGGCCAUCGUUCCGGCGGCUGCGGCGGCCGCGGCCCCGGGACAACAGCAGCAGGAAGGCGGCGGGGGCUGCUGCUGGGGUGGCCUGGUCCCCUCGCCGUGCCCGGUCGGCAGCACUCGGCAGGCGGGCGUGGGCGAUGCCGCCGGCAGCUCCCGCCCCUCCAAGUACCAGGCGGUACUGCCCGGACACACCGCUGCUGCUGCCGCCGCCACCAGCGCCGCCGCCAAGGACUGCAAGCGAGGCGGCGGCGGCCCUCACGCCGGGCCUGGAGGGGCUCCGGCGUCACUUUCUCCCUCUCCUACGCCGCCGCCGCUACCACCGCCGCCGCCGGUUUCCGCCACGGCCGAGCCUGGACAGCCUCCUCCAGCCCCAACAGCGGUGCCGGCGGCGGCGGGAGGAUCUCCGGCCUCUUCCGAGCCCGGCGGCAAGUGGAAAAGCAGCGGCUGCAGCAGCACCGGGAGCGGCGGCGGGGGAAGCAGCCUUUGGAAGAGCCCCAUGGGGGCCGGCGGGGGUGCCUCCUGCCAGACGGCCUGCCUCAAGCAGAUCCUGCUUCUCCAACUGGACCUUAUCGAGCAGCAGCAGCAACAGUUGCAGGCCAAGGAAAAGGAGAUCGAGGAACUCAAGGCCGAGAAGGACACACUCUUUGCUCGAAUUGAGCGUAUGGAAAGGAGGAUGCAGCUGGUGAAGAAGGACAAUGAACGCGAGAAACACAAGAUACUUCAAGGGUACGAGACGGAGGAGAAGGUUGAGUCUGAAGUACCAGAGAAGUUGCCCAUAGAAUGCCAACCACCAGAACUUCUGGAGACGUCACAACCACUGCCUUUGAAGCAUUUUCCAUAUGGGAGGAAUGGGAAGGGUCACAAACGGAAGUCUGCAUUUGGAAGUGCCGAGAGGAAAACUCCAGUGAAGAAGCUGGUGGCCGAAUUCUCAAAAGUCAAGUGUAAAACGCCAAAGGCUUCCCCGUUGAAAGAGGAACCAAGCAGUUCAUUAACUGAAUCAAUUAGCAGACGUGAGCUGCGAAGUCAGGAGACUCCUGAGAAAACCCGGUCAUUAGCGGACACUCCACUGAAAUCAUUGGCCCCUCUGAGAGGAUCCGGGUGCCAUUCAAAAGACAAGGGUUCCUCCAGUGAAACAGAAGACUUGCCGUACCUUUCCACCACUGAAAUGUACUUAUGCCGGUGGCACCAGCCACCUCCUUCACCGUUGCGAGAGACUUCUCCCAAGAAGGAGGAGAUUGUAGCAAUUCCAUCCUGGAGGGACCACAUGGUAGAGCCUCUGAGAGACCUGAAUACUUCAGAACUUUUAGAGAACUUGGAUGACAGCGUCUUCUCCAAACGGCAUGCAAAGUUGGAAUUGGAUGAGAAGAGGAGGAAAAGGUGGGAUAUUCAGCGUAUCCGGGAGCAAAGAAUUUUGCAGCGACUACAACUCAGAAUGUAUAAAAAGAAAGGAAUUCAGGAAUCUGAGCCUGAAGUUACCUCAUUUUUCCCAGAGUCAGAUGAUGUUGAAAGCUUGCUGAUCACCCCUUACUUGCCUGUUGUAGCAUUUGGCCGACCGUUACCAAAAUUAAACCCACAGAAUUUUGAACUGCCGUGGCUGGAUGAGCGAAGCCGUUGCCGGCUGGAGAUGCAGAAGAAACAGACUCCUCACCGGACAUGCAGAAAAUAGGCAUGUCCAACUAGGAGAAAACUCUGCCUUGAUGUUACAAGCCUGGAUGUAAAAUAAAAAAAAAAAGAAAGCCUCAAGUAUAGGCUUCUUGAAGGCACUGAUUUCAGACUUGAUCCUGCCAACACUUGGGCCUACUUUCUGCUCUCAAGUAAGCACAAGCAGUUUGCAAGAUUGUGUCUUAGGUCUAUAUCCCAUUGGGGGAGGGGAUAACUGCUUUUGCUUAGCCCAGAAAACAUCUAUUAUCAGAAGUGCCACAGUGUGUGUUUCUGAAAUACAACAGCAAAAUAUUCCCUAGUCAAUAGUGUGCUGGUUUACAAGAAGAAUCCCACUUAUAUAAUAACAUAUGCAAUUUAGAUCUAAGAGGAUGGGUAGGUGUGUGGAAGUAGGUAGGGGUUGUACAAAGCAUUUGCAGUGGAUGUUAGUUGGGAGUGGAGGGAAUAGCCUUCCCUAUAGGGGAUACAGCACUGUGAAAUUUGUAUUUGCCCUUGCAAAUUAGAUCUGAUACUUGGUUUAGGACAAAACAUUACUUUUAACCAAGCUUAUGGUAGUUCAAAAAAAAAAAAGUGUCUGUAAUCCCUUUGUUUUCUGCCCUUUGACAUGUGGUUGUCUGCAAAUGCAUCCUUUUUGAUACCAUUUUAAAUAUGUAAAAUCAGUUGUCUUGUAAAUAUCUUAUAAAGGAAAAAAAGUUUGUAAAUACCAAAUUUGUGGCUGUUAAUGUUUGGGGUUUUUGUUUUUUAAAAACUUUUUGCUUCAGUUCAUUUAGGUUUAACAGUGUUAACAGGGAGUAUUAAGAGAAAUUCUGCUUGUAUGUUUAAACAAAAUUGAAACAAAUCUUUUUUUUUUUUACAAUAAAAUGGAAAUAAUAUUGA